CCUACCCAUCCAUUCACAGGCCACAGUGUCUGCAAGCAUUAGAAGGACACCUGAAGUCAUCCACGUUCUUUGAAUCAAAUCUAAGGGGUCUCGCGAAAUUGCAAGAGGAUGGGUUUCGAACUCGAAGACUACCCUUUACCUUCGAACGAUCCGGAGACGAUGAAGGCACGCUGUAGCAGGCGUGGUACCACUGUGUCCUUGUCCGCUUCUCCGCUUCCAAGCCACGCUAUCGUGACGCCUUCCUCCUCCGAAUCCCCUUUACCCGCAUCCGUAAAUCGCUUUUCCUCGUCCCCUAGGAAGACUACAAGGAUCGUAGAUACCACGCCUGGGUUGGCACAUUCACCCUUUUCUGCGAAGCAUCUAAACGUCAAUCGAGAUACAUCUGAGCCCGAACCCUCAUCCUUCCAUCGGUUCGGUGCCAACACGUCGCUGGAGUUCGACCGAUAUGGUCGUCUCGUCAGCCCCGCAACGUCCAUGCACUCUCAAAACCAACAAAAACAAACCGGCAACGAAGAAAACGAAAUUGUUUUCGAUUCGUCAACGGUAUCUCACUCUCACUCCUCCAACACGGUCUUCGAUACGGCCUGGUCGGAGGAGCCGAGCAUGGAGGCCACGGAAAUUCCAAUUACCGGCUCGCCCACGCGUUGUCCUCUCGGAAAGACGGGGAGUGGAACGCGCGUACAGGUGUCUCCGGAUGGAACCGUCACAUCACGCAAAUCCGAAGGGAGCUACCGCAAGAAAGUCUCCAACACUUCUUUGUCGACGGUACCAGUUCUUCGCUACGAGCUCAAUCGCCCUCACAAGCCCCAGCGGACUUCUUUCUCGCGCGAUAAAAGGGCCAAUAAGAUUCGCUCAAAGGAUUUCGCGGCCGAGUGCCUCGAAAGCGGCUUCAAGAUCUUUAUGCUCUUGCUCGAACCCAGCGCCAAGAUAUUCGAAUUAAUCCAGAUCGUCUAUGACCCGGAUAUCACCACCAUUGGUAGCUUGAUUGCUAUGAUUCCUCCUAAUACUACCGAGCCAACACUGGCAACGCAGACAUACGUCGGAUUGACACGUCCAAAGCGUCGAUCCGAUCCAUGGCUCGAUCCUGCAGUCUUGGCUAGUAAAACUUCAGGCACCACAUCAGCUCACAUUCACACGAGAGAUAUUCUCGUAGCGAUUCCGCAAGGAUACGUUGCCAAACACAUGGUGCGCCUUGGCAAGACCAUUCUCGCCAACCCACGGAUGCAGAGGCUGCUGGACCGCACCGAUCCUGUCCGCGCCGAAAAACGUAGGGCGCGGGGUGACAAAGCAUCUCGACCAAUGUCGCGAAAUCGCAAGACUCUGGCUGUGCUUCAGGAGGAACCCGAUGAAUCUACCACUGUUGCGUCAGACACGGAGAGGUCCAUGCAACGCGCACUUGCCCAAGCGGAAGCAACUAAUGCUGCGGUUGAAUUUAUGGCGGUGUCCACCAGCUUUUCCGCUUCAAGUCCCAGGAAGUCUAUUGACAAUUUGGUGAAUCCGGUAACAAUCGUUCCUCGCCGCUCUCAUUCAAUUCUCCCUCGGGCCAACUCAGCUCAGACCAGUAGUCAUUUUGUGGAAGCUGCCGCUGUGACCAAUCGAUCCGAAAAAUCAUUUCUAAACGAAAGUCUAGAGCCCUCCUUGACGGACGGCCAAGCGUACGAAGACGACUCGGCUGAAGGCUCGUACACGUCCUGGUCGCAGUCCUUUGACACGUCGUUCUACACUUUGCAUAAAUCCUUAUCGACGGACACCAAUGACCGUGUUACGGCCGCAACUUCGAAACUGAUUGUCAUGUCCCGUCGCCAACGUCGCCUCGAGCUCACCGCCAACUUCAGACGAGGUGCAAUUGUCUUGGGUAUUAUCAUGAUGGGUUGGUACUAUGUCGAUCCCAAUGGAUAUGGGGGGCGGACGGAACUGAAAAUGGGGAACGAUCCGCUGGGAACGCUUGGUUCCAUCCAGCUCGUCAUGGCAUUGUUCGUUCUGGCCAAACUGCAACUCUUCGUCCAAACGAAUGUUGAAGCUGGCAAAAGCAAGUGUCCGUUUCUGCAGGCGUCAGUCACUGCUUUGGAACGCCUCACACACCGUUGUAGUGAUGUGCCGGGAAAGGAAGCCAAAUAACUGUAGAAUGAGUUACGAAAUGAAUUAGCUCACAAAUUGGAAACC